GCUAUCGUCGUUUGUUUUGUUCAGUUGACAGCAGCAGUUCAUAAGCAAAUUUAUUGAUUCCAAAUUCCAAAUCGUUGUGAUUGAGUUCUAAUCCUAAGGAUAUGACGAUUAUAACGAAGCCCCUUUCAGAGAAAAAGGGAGACAAACUCGAUGUUCCCUUGGUGACCUACGCCGCCCCUCCCGGUGGAACGGGCCUUCCAGAUGUUGAGAGUGGCAGCGGUCUCGCCCUUCACCAUAGGACACAAAGGGUCUCCAACUUAACUACAUGCUGUUUGCUUUUGACCGCGUUGGCGGUAGUCGGACUUGGAAUCAUUGGCGGCUCUUUCCUCUAUGAUCAGUACAUGAGAGUCCAAAUGCGCUCCGCCUUAACCGCUCAGAUACCAUUCCCAGAAGAGGCAAAUUAUAUCGGAGGCUGGAGUAGAAUUCCAAUUGAUGAUUCAGAGUCUUUCGACGAAAUUAGACCCGACAGUUACAAAGAUACUUUCCAACAACAGUUCGAGUUUAAUGAUAACUCAGAGACGAUCAGUGUACCCGACUUUAAGAACGGUCGCAACGGUAGAUUCAUCCAUGAUUUCAAUACCAAUAUAACUGGUAUUAUCGAUAUCACUGGUAACCGUUGCUUUGUAAUGCCAUUGAACAGAGGAAAUAUUUUGCCACCAAAGUCUCUCUUUGACUUACUGCAAAAAAUGUGGGCAGGUCAUUACAACAUUGACACAAGAGUAGUCAGGGAAACCAUGAGAGUAGUAACACCACCAAUUAGCGAUCCUAAGAGCAUCGGAACCUAUAUUGGUAAAGAGUGUGAAGGAAAACCAAUUUAUAAGUUAGAGAAAUACGUUGGAGGAGUUGUGAAACGUUCCGCCGACCACGAGGAAGUUAAGUUUGCCCAAUUUGCAGGAAAGGGUAUUCUUGAAUUUGACAUUGUUAACAUGGAUGAAGUGUCAAACUAUGAAAAAAAUAAUCGUUAAAUAUAUUCUUACAUAGUUUUCUAAUGUAAUUUUUAUUAUUUUAAUUAACUAUAUAUAUAGAUAUUGCUUUGUUCACCUUCUUUAUAUUUUGGUAAUAAUGUACCACCAAUUUGUCAUUAAAUUUUGUUUAUGGUGUUCAACAACGCCAACCUUUCAUGCGAAAAUUAAGUAUAAUUCCAUAAUAAUAUAGUGUACAAUGUAAUUAAAGUAAAUAGGUAUAAUAAAUUGUAUUAGUGUGAUAAAUACACUGCAUGUGUAAAAUUAUUCCUUGUAAGUGAUGAAUUUUUAUAUAUAAACGCGAAAAUUAUUGUGAAAUAUUCCGAUAAUUUAUGUAUCUAGAAAAAUUCUGUGCAAUAUUUCGUAACAUAUCAAGGUGGUGUUAAUGUUAAUUUCAAUUAUUCAAUACAAUUAUUGUUCAAUUCUUGCUCAAUAAAAGAUUGUAAACAUA